ACCGAGGCAGGACGAGGAAAGAAGGGGAGCUCCUCGAAUUCGGGCUCUGUUCUCCGCGCGCGUAUAAAACCGGGGAUCGGUCGGGCUCGCAGCAUCAGUAGACUGUCUCCUUCGGUCCGUGAAACGAGUUAAGCAUGAAGGUCGCCGUCGUUCUGCUCGUCGCCGUGGGCUGCGCCCUCGCCGCGGAGAAGUACACCACCAAGUACGACAACAUCGACCUCGACCAGAUUCUCAAGAGCGACCGGCUGCUCAACAAUUACGUCAACUGCCUCCUGGAGGCGGGCAACUGUACCCCCGACGGCAAGGAGCUCAAGAAGUCGCUCCCCGACGCCCUGGCCAGCAGCUGCAGCAAGUGUAGCGAGCGACAGAGACAAGGUAGCGAGAAGGUCAUCCGGUAUCUAGUCAACCAGCGUCCCGAGAUCUGGGAAAAAUUGGCGAAGAAGUACGACCCGACCGGCGAGUACGCCUCCAAAUUCGAGGACGAGGCGACCAAGCGAGGAAUCAAGAUCUAAGGAACCGCGCGUUGACUUCCGACUUCUAAUUUCGCGAUAUCUGUACGUACGAGCAACGACGAGUCUUUCGCCGGAGGAAUCGCCGUCCUUGGACUGAAUACCGGUCGAAGCAAUAAAGGAUAAACGCGACGAAAUUGUGCGCCGUCGAUUUACGUCUCCCCCCGUGUCGUUUCGUCGACAGAUUUUAGUUAGUUUUAGGACAUUUGAAAUAAUUACCGGAUAAUGGGCGCCAGGGUUAUAUCUCUAGCGUCUUUACAUCUUGGGACACCGUUGAGACUUGAAUUUGAUGUUGAACGAUAUUAAGUCGACAGGUGCCAUGCAUCUUCUAUAUCGCAAACGUAAUUUCUUACGGCAAACUACUUGGGGUUUAUGUAAUAUACGUUAAAUACCUCGAAAA